AUAUUAAUAAUUAUAGAUUGGCUGAUCAUCUUGAACAAGAACCGGAGAGGCGACGCGUUCGUAAAGAAAAGGUACAAAAAAAAAUUGCUGAAGGAAUGGCUGAACAACCACCAACAAAGAAGAUACGUUUUGAUGAUACUGAAUAUCUUAAAGCUAGCGAAGAAAUGAAAGAAAAAAUCCAAGUUGCUGUAUCUGAAGGUAAAUUUUGA